AUGGUAACAGAAACACUAAGGAACGCAAGGAGGGAAGAAGAGGAAGAGGAAGAUGAUGAUGAAGUGAAGGAGGAAGAAGUGAAGGAAGAAGAAGACGAAGGACGAAGAGGACGAGGAAUACACGGGGUUACGCGCGCGUCUGAUCACGUUGCUUGCGUUGUCUCUUUUGGGAAAGCCCCGCGUUUAGGUAGUGCUAAGCGCAACAUCCGCGGCUAA